AUGUUCAAAGAUCUUAAGUCAAUUGUUUUUAAACACAAAACUUUACCACUUCGUUUAGAUAAUUUUUUUGUAACUUACGUUGAAUCAAUUAUUGGUAUGAUGAAUUUAAUGAACACAUCUGUUUCUGUAGCUCAGUCAAAAGAAGAUCUUUUGGAUAUUGAACAUGAAACCCAGCAACCAAUUUCAGAAAUUCAAGUCAAAUUAAAACGUCUUGUUUGA